UCUGGCGCGUGGCGCCCAUGACGCUAGGUGCGCGGGCUCUUUUCCUUACAGAGGUCGCUCUGGUCCGAACGGUCGGCCUCUGCUGCGCCUGCGUGGUCGGGAGGGGAAGUGAGGCGGUUUCCUCAGCGCCUUUUCCGGCAGCGGCGGCGGCAGAACUGGGAGGAGUAGGUGGAGGCCGCAAGGAGCCCGCGCUCGGGGCGGUGGCUGGAGGCAGCGCACCGAGUUCCAGCGAGGAUCCAUGACCUGACGGGGCCCCGGAGCCGCGCUGCCUCUCGGGUGUCCUGGGUCGGUGGUGAGCCCAGUGCUCGCAGGCCGGCGGGCCGCAGUCUCCCUCGGGGUGAGAGUAAGGAAGGCGGAGGAGCGGGAACCGCGGCGGCGCUCACGCGGCGCCUGCGGGGGGAAGGGCAGUUCCGGGCCGGGCCGCGCCUCAGCAGGGCGGCGGCUCCCGGCGCAGACUCGGCCUGGGUGGCAGCGGCGACUGGAGGAAUCAAGUUGUGCGGUCGGUGAUGCCCGAGUGAGCGGCGGGCCUGGGCCUCUGCCCUUAGGAGGCAACUCCCACGCAGGCCGCAUAGGCGCCCUAGCGGCCGGGAGGCUUCGUUUCGGUUUCGCGGCGGCGGCGGCGUUGUUGGCUGAGGGGACCCGGGACACCUGAAUGCCCCCGGCCCCGGCUCCUCCGACGCGAUGGGGAAGGUGCUAUCCAAAAUCUUCGGGAACAAGGAAAUGCGGAUCCUCAUGUUGGGCCUGGACGCGGCCGGCAAGACAACAAUCCUGUACAAGUUGAAGCUCGGCCAGUCAGUGACCACCAUUCCCACCGUGGGUUUCAACGUGGAGACGGUGACUUACAAAAAUGUCAAGUUCAACGUGUGGGAUGUGGGCGGCCAGGACAAGAUCCGGCCGCUCUGGCGGCAUUACUACACUGGGACCCAAGGUCUGAUCUUCGUAGUGGACUGCGCCGACCGCGAUCGCAUCGACGAGGCCCGCCAGGAGCUGCACCGCAUUAUCAAUGACCGGGAGAUGAGGGACGCCAUAAUCCUCAUCUUCGCCAACAAGCAGGACCUGCCCGAUGCCAUGAAACCCCACGAGAUCCAGGAGAAACUGGGCCUGACCCGGAUUCGGGACAGGAACUGGUAUGUGCAGCCCUCCUGUGCCACCUCAGGGGACGGACUCUAUGAGGGGCUCACAUGGUUAACCUCUAACUACAAAUCUUAAUGAGCAUUCUUCACCCAUCCCCUGGAAGAAGAGAAAUCAAAAACCCAUUCAUAGGAUUAUCGCCACCAUCACCUCUUUGAAUUGCCACUUUCUCUUCUUUUGAAUUUGAACUCUGGAGUUACUGUUCUACGGUUUGGGGGGAGGGGGCUUGGGGGGGUUUUCUCUUUUGUUUUCCUUUUUCCUUUUUUUUUUUUUGCUUUGCGUUAGGAUGCUUUGAUCUGACAUUUGACAUGAACACAAAGUGCUAGAUGCUCUUGCUGACUUCCAGCAGAUGGGAUGGGGGAAAUACAGCAAUUAUUGGUAAAGACCUUUGUAAUAAUGGUUUGAUUUUUUUUAUUUCAAGAGAAUCUUUCAUUUUCCUAUGUAUGCUUUUUUUCCUUUUUUGCCCAGUUUCCUUAUCACUUGCUGUAGAUGGCUUAUUUUGCAUUCAUGCAGACUAUGUUGCAAGUCUGUUUCAUCUAGUAAACUGAAAAUUAUUGCUUAAUCAAACUGCCGUUUGUCUUUUAUAUUUAAGGCCUUUCCCUCUUCCUUAUGAAUUCUAACUUAGUAAUUUCAAAUGUGACCUUUUAUAUCUAAGACCAGUAUAGUAAACUUAGCCCACAGUGGCAAAUCAUGAGUAAUAUCAUUGUAAUAUGUUCCAGUUGCACCUCAGUAUGUUAAACAGGUAAUGUAAGAAGUUCUUUGAAAUGUCAGCAAAUAAGUUCUGAAACGUACAUCAUGCAUGAGUAGGAAUAAAACCCAAGUUCCCCAUAACGUAGCUAACUUAACGCUGCAUCAUAAUAUGAAAGUGUAACCCGUCAAGGACACACUUUUUUUUUUCACUGCAAAGUUAGUCACUUUGCUGUUUUUCCUCUUUUUUUAAACUUUAAAAAUAGACUCUUUCCAGAAAUUGGAGCAAUAAUGGUGUAUGCCUCACACAGAUGAAAUAUUUAAUAGAUAUUUUAAGUGACUUUUGGGCAAAACUGGAAUGUAUACUUUUACCUUGUUUGAAAUGUCUAAGACCAGUAAUUUAAAAGUUACUAAAAGGUUUACUUUAGUCAUUAAUAAAGCAUUUAACAAUUCAAAUUAUAUGCACCUUUUACCUAGUUGAAAAAAAAGGAACAUUCCUGUUUUCAUAUUAUAGCAACUGAUUAAACUGAAGCUAUAAGUCAUUUUUUAUAGAUGAGUGAUCCACAUCUCCAUCAAUUAGAACACUGGAAAAGAUGUUUUAUAAAAAACGUAUUUAAUUUUGUUUGUAGGAUUAACUCAUGCAAAUCGUCAGAUAUCCUGUUGGUUCAAUAGUACACUGUCUCCUUUAAGGAAGGAAAUGUGAUGAAUGAAUGAUGUGUAGACUUGAGGGAUGACUAUUAAAGGGGACGUAGGAUGAAGAGAGAGAACCUACAGAUGACAAUGAAUGUAAACUUAUUUUUCUUAAUGUGUAAGCAGUGUGCUUGCUGGUGAUAUCCAGAUCCUAACAAGAUUAUUUGGUUAGCUGGUUAGGACCAAUAACUGGAUUGAGACCACUAUGAUAAUAUUUUGAACCAAAUGUUAAUGCUUGGUGCAGAAUUGUGAAGCAGCAUCUGGUUCUUAUAUAGCCUUAAGGAUUAAUUUGAGUGAUCCUCAAGGAAUUAAAUAGGGAAUUUCAGAAAUGUAGACUGCAAAGGCAGUAUACAGGAAAAGGUGGAGUGGGUUUUGUUUAAUGAGGGUGUCUGAAAACUCAAAUUGAGCGGGAUAUCAUGGUAUGGUUGGACAGUAUUGGUCCUUCACACUUUGGCCAUAUUGUAUAAUGGAGCUUUUACCAAAGAUGUGUGAGAAGUGUAAGGCUAUAAAAAAAUGAACUAUUCAAAGUAAAACUUGACAAACAUUUUACUUAAAAGCAGAUGAAAAAGGGUAUUACGUUAUAGGCUCCUGUUGGUGCAGAGGGAUUUUUGAUUUCAAGAUGCAACUAAAGUACAGUUCUCAGUUUCACUUUAGUAGAAAUAGCCCUAGAAAUGAGGCUGAUAAACACAUCUAAGAACACUGGUUGCUUUCUAAAAUUCCCGAAGCUCCACCAUAAAGGUAAUUCUUAGUGUUUUAAGUGAUUGCAUUUUAAGGUACAUAAAUAUGGGUUAUCCAAAUAUCAAUGCUAUAGUAACAUCCUGAAACAAAACAAGCACAAAGGUAUAAAUGCCUAAACUGGAGGAAACUUGAAACCCUCAUGUUAACUCUUAAAUGUAUUUCUAACUUCUGAAGACAGAUUGGUAGGCAGCCAUUUUUUUGUGUCUUAAAAUAACUGGGGGCAUAGUUAAAAUUUUAUACAUCAAGUGAUUGCUAUUAUUGAAUGUUGCAGGUGAGAUGUUAUUUUUAGUUUAUUUGAAAUGUUUGACUGGAAAAGGGGGAGGGGAAAGCAAAUAUUUGAAAUUUGGAAAACCUUAAACCUUUUGGUAAGAAACUGUAACUUUCACUUACAUUUUAAGGAUAUAAAAGGUUGAUAAUUGAUGUAGUUAAAUUGAACAAUAACCAUUGGUGACUAUGGAGCAGGUAAUUAUAGCCUGCAGAAAAAGUUAUAAUCUAGGAAUUGAAAAAAUAAAAUCCUGAAGUUGUUUAAUUGCAUCAAUUUCUGUAUUUAUGUGAAUUUAUAAACUGCAGUAAGUUUUGAAUGAGGUUAAUCUUGUUUAAUAUAAGUAAAUGAGUCUGUAGACUGUGAUCUCCCCAAACGAAAAAGUACAGUACUUGGAAUUGUGUUCUUUAUGGUUGUAGUGUUGGUAAAGCACUAAUAUGCAGAAAAUAAAGGAAUUACACAGUGCA